AUGGCGUCGGGUGCAGCAGCAAUGCGUGACCGUAAGGUAAAACCACAAUGGGAGCGGACUAGGCGUAUUAUGGCUUUGGUGCCUCCUGCAUGCGCCCCUUCUGAUAGUAGCAAUACUUCAGAAGAUGAAGACCAGGUUCCUAAAUUACUAGAACACGUUGAAGCGAAUGACUAUCCGAUUUUAGUUCCCAGCCAAAAUCAAUAG